CGUGAAUCCGACACGAGUGUGUAGUUUGGCUGCUGUUGUCAGAUUGUGGACAGAAGAAUUGGCAGCAGCCCAUACAAUGUGAUUGGGCUCUUCAACUAGUUCUCCAACUAUUAGUUUAGUUGGUCAGGUAUGAUAAACCGUUGAGGACGAUGAAUGGGAAGUUAUAUUCCGUGAUUUUCCACACAGAGAAAAAUAUCGUGUUUUGUUUAAGUCAUUAGUUUAGAAAAACGUACCUAUCAUCACAAAAGAAACUAGCUGAGUAGCUAGCGACUGCACUAGCUUUGUUAUUAACAAAAACAAAGUUAACAGAAAGCAAACUUUAUUUUUGACGACCGAGUUACACGGUAGGCUAACUGAAGUGUUAGCUUUGAGUAAACCCAGGAGUUUGGGGAACUUUUAGAGACUUUAAAGCACAAAAAGCAACGGUGGGAAUGUCGUGUCGGAGUGGAGUGGCACGGGUGGGUAAUCCCGGACUGCAGCCCCUCCGAGCCACGGUCCCGUUCCAGCUGCAAAACCGAGCCGCACCGCGCUGCAAAGACGCCAAAACAGCCGAGUGUAAGGCGAAGGGCCGCCCACCAAAGCCAACCUUGCGGCGGACGUUGUCUCUGGAUACUUUAGUGGGGCCGUACCUGCAGGGCCACUGGCCUAAAGAACAAGAGUGUCAACCUGUUACCUGUGUCAAUGACAAGGCCACACAGACUCCUAGUUCCUGGAUAGGAGAGACACGGGGCCGAAGAGGGGGCGGCGGUCACAAGCGUUCGGCAUCGUGGGGCAGCGCUGAGCACCUCAGAGAAGUUGCUAAACUACGAAAGUCCUUACAGAAACGCUCCAGACAUGGACCUCCUGUCAUGGACUGUGACCACACACACCAACACAUGCACACCAGCCAAACCCACACACCUGAAAGUACACAGACGAUGCCUCUUAUUCCACUGAGCCGAUUGGCUCCCAGACUGAGACGCAGUGUGGAAGGAUUGAACCUGGAGCUGGAGGGUGUCUUUGUGUCUGAAACAGCAAAGGAACUUCACAAAGUCAGUAAAAAGAUUCUCGAUAUACCAGAUGGUCACAGAGCGCCCAUCCCAGCUCAGAGGUAUAGCAGCACUUCACAGAGCGACCCUUCUCCGGCCCAGCUGUCCCCCUCACAGUCACCCUGCACCGUCACAGACUCUGAUAUUGUUGUCUGUGGAUCGGUCUGUCCUGCUUCUCCUAAUCAAUGUGUGUCUGAGCCGCCGUCCUCCUCCCCUCGUCCCAACAAAACAUACGUGUUUCAGAGAGAACCUCCAGAAGGCUGUGAGAGGGUUCGAGUAUCUGAAGAGGCCAUACUUCCUUGUUAUGGUAAUGUCCCCCGUCAGCCCUCCUGUCCUGACCCUAACAAGGUGAAUUUUACACCUCAUGGUGGCUCAGCCUUUUGCCCAGUCAGUCUCCUCAAGCCUCUUCUGCCUUCUAUGGACCUGUUGUUUCGUGGCCUGUCUGUUUCACCCGUGACCGGCUGUUCGCCUCAAGGCCCUGGCCCACAUGCCGUAGGUGGUUACUUGAGCGGACCUUUCCCAGACUCUACCACAACUUCCCUGUAAAUCGAGGACAUCCAUGAUGAGAAAAGAGACAUAAGAUUUGUGUCGUUGACCCAUCUCAUCAUUUGUUGUCUCGUGGAAAAGAAUUGAACUUUUUACGUGACUGAACUCUAGUGCUCAUGCCAUCCAUAUCCAAAAUCCAUGAUUUGUAUUGAAUGGCACAGAGAAAAAAAAAUGAACGAUGAAUGUACGAAUGGAGAACUUCUAAAAACUUUGAUGGACUUUCAGCAAUGAUGUGCCGGCUAUCUUUUGACCUCAGGGCAUUCCAGUUGGCACUUGGAUUAUUUUUUUCUCAUUUUAUAGUCGGUUGCUAUAAUUCACUUUAUUGCUAUAAUACAAUAUUGAUGACUAUUCAUCA